UUCUAGCUAGCGUUCUGAUGCCCAAUCGAGCUCAGAGCAGAAGCCAUUGGAAGGAGGAAGCUUGCCAACCUCCAACACAUUUUUCCCUCGAACAAACGAAUACUGUAGCCAACUUUCAUAACUAUGAUAGCAUCAGCAUUAGGUGGUGGUAGAAUCAGGGCAACUGGAGCAAGACCCACUGUUUCUCGAGCCGUGUUGUUCUUGGAGGCAUUAUGCGUCACGCUGUGGUUGGCCCAAGAGUUGUUCAUGAACCGUUCCAUCUAUGCGACGGUGAAUCAUCAUCCUGAACCAAUGGGACAACGAGAACUGGAAGCUCCUGGUUGUUACAAAGAGCAAGAAUCAAUGAAUGGUACAGCACCAGCACGGCGGGUGUUGUCGCCGGCAUCACCGACCAGUGCUCCCUCCAGCUUGCAUUCCACAGUGCAACCCACCACCAAGGCGCCAUUGUCAAAUGCUGCUUCCUCCACAAUAUCCUUAUCAUCCCUACCUCAAAAACCACGUCUCUUUUGGUGUGGAUACGAAGACAUGGGUAAUAUUGCAGCGGCUACCCUGUUUCCAGAUUUUGGCUACCCUGGAAGUUACACCUAUCGAUGUUUGGGGCCCAAACGGACCAUACAGGCACAACCCUACGAUGUCAUUGUAUAUGGAAUGCACGGAAAAUGCUUCGAUUUUCGAGACAAUAUACCUGGCUUAUUGAACGUUUUUCCCGGCAAGAUUUUGUUCAUUAAUGGAGAAUCUUUUGGCAAUAUUCAAACCAUGAACCCGACAUCCAGCGAACGACUCUAUCAACUUGGUCCCUAUCGAGAACAACAAGCCUGGCAACAUCAUUCCUUUCAAGUAUACUUUUUGGUCAUUCGAUUUUUUAAACUCUCAAAAGAACAGCAACGUUCUAUUACGGAUCAUCGAUACAAACCACACGGGAAUUCACCCAAAGAGCAUCCAACCACAGUGGCCUACUUUGUCAGCAAUUGUGUGGAUUUUCGACAACAAGCUGCCGCCGAGAUUGGAGAAAUUAUACCAUUGCACCAUACCAAGGGUUGUCACGUCAAUGCCUCCAAGGCAGAGUUGGUACCCUCCCCAAAGCUAAUGUCCAUGGGAGCCCGUGGCGCCUAUGAGAAUCAUGAGUUGUAUCAGAAUUACAAGUACUGCUUGGUCAUGGAAAACAAGGUGUAUCCUGGAUACAUUACAGAAAAAAUACUCAACUCUUAUUUGGGUGGGUGUGUCCCCAUUUACUAUGGAACCAAAGAGAUUUUUGAUAUUUUUCACAAGGACAGUUUUGUGUUUUACAACGUCACCAAUCCUCAACCGGCGCUGGAACAACUGCAAAUGCUGGAAAAUGAUCCCAAUGCCUAUCAAAAGAUGCUGUACGAUACACCCAUUCUGGCAUCGCCUGAGGUCUUGGAGAAGUACUUUUCCUUGUCGGAUGAUGUUGGAGGUGGACGGCUGAAGAAGCAAAUACGGGAAAUGAUGGGGAUAGAGGGUACUUGGGAACAGAAAGAGUAGAUAGAUGAAUGAAAGCAUAGAUAAAGAUAUGGGCUUCACAUUGUCUUAGAAUGUUCGUGGGAGCCUUGCUGUAACGUUUCUGCUUUGGAGUUUGCAGCGUCGAACC